AUGGCGUCCAAUGAAUUGCACUUCGAACCUUACACCAAGUUCACGAUCGAGGGAGAUCAUUCGAUCAUGCGGGGUUUGGCUACAGUCGGGAAGUUCACUACUGGAGAAGAUUGUCCAACCAGCCUGGCAUUAGGCACAUCCGAUGGAAAAGUUGAACGCAACAGUGAUUUCUUCUAUCGUGAGAUGCCAGAUGGUGUCUCAGCAUUGUCAGUCGCAGACGGUCUUCCGGGGUCCUCGCCCACUGAGGGCGGCGGGUCGGUGCUGUUCGCAGGGGGCGACUGCAACAUAAGAGGCUUCGACCGAGGAGGAGGAGAGGUCUUCUGGACUAUCACUGGCGACCGUGUGAUGGCUUUGGACUCGUUGAAGCCCGCCGAAGACAGUCCGCAGCAGCUACCCACUUCCGUGCUCAUCUGCGGAGAGGCAGAGGUCGUCGCUGAUAUCACUGAGGCCGAUGCUGUGUGCCACCUUGUCUCCUUAGACCACCGUCACAGGUUCGGCUACGGUCUGGUAAAUGGGACGGUGGGAGUCUAUGAAGGCUCGAAGCGCGUUAUCUUCAAGACCAGAACUGGCCCAGAUCCUCUCGCUGCCGUUUUGAGCAUGGAUUACAUCGGCAGUCCCGUGCCUGUGCUGAUGGCGAUUGAUAUCGAGGUGUCCUCGUAG